CUCCACGUCUGGCACUCGUCUUAGGAGAUGGCAGCUCAAAAAAUAAACGAAGGCCUGGAACACAUUGCCAAAGCAGAGAAAUACUUGAAAACUGGUUUUUUAAAAUGGAAGCCAGAUUACGACAGUGCUGCUUCUGAAUAUGGAAAAGCAGCUGUUGCUUUUAAAAACGCCAAGCAGUUUGAGCAAGCAAAAGAUGCCUGCCUGAGAGAAGCUGUUGCACAUGAGAAUAACAGGGCUCUUUUUCAUGCUGCCAAAGCUUAUGAGCAAGCUGGCAUGAUGUUGAAGGAGAUGCAUAAACUACCAGAGGCUGUUCAGCUGAUCGAGAAAGCUAGCAUGAUGUACUUGGAAAAUGGCACCCCAGACACAGCAGCCAUGGCUUUAGAACGAGCUGGGAAGCUUAUAGAAAACGUGGAUCCAGAAAAGGCUGUACAGUUAUAUCAACAGACAGCGAAUGUGUUUGAAAAUGAGGAACGCUUACGACAGGCAGUUGAAUUACUAGGGAAAGUCUCAAGAUUGCUAGUACGAGGACGCAGGUUUGAUGAGGCAGCACACUCUAUUCAGAAAGAAAAAAAUAUUUACAAGGAAAUAGAAAAUUAUCCAACAUGCUAUAAGAAAACAAUUGCUCAAGUUCUAGUUCAUCUACAUAGAAAUGACUAUGUGGCUGCUGAAAGAUGUGUCAGAGAAAGCUAUAGCAUACCAGGGUUCAAUGGAAGUGAAGACUGUGCUGCACUAGACCAGUUGCUUGAAGGAUAUGACCAGCAAGACCAAGAUCAAGUGUCAGAGGUCUGCAACUCUCCACUUUUCAAGUAUAUGGAUAAUGAUUAUGCUAAGCUGGGCCUAAGUUUGGUGGUUCCAGGAGGGGGAAUAAAGAAGAAACCACCAGCAGCAUCACAGGCCAAGCCUGAUAGCACCACAGCUACAACUGCUGAGGAGGAGGAAGAUGAAUACUCAGGAGGACUAUGCUAGCACUUCACUCUGCAGAAAAGGAGGAAAAAGAAAAAAGAAAUUCUCAGAUGCCAUUUUAUGGAGUUGGAACUUUGGGUAUUCCAUGCAUCAUUACAGUUGUUUUUUGAAUGCUAACUUGAACUAUAAUUUUUAGCUAUCAUUUCCCUGAAUCA